AUGAGAAAAGGUAAGCCACGGCACGUCCCUAUGUUUUUGAGAAGCGAAAACAAAAAGAUACUUUUCUCCUUUUUUUCAUAUUUUAUGUCCAAAAAUGAUAUACAAUUUAUUUUCGAUCAUUAUGACAUUGGCUUAAUAGUUCUUACAAAAAUACACAACAUACGAAAAAGAUAUGAAGAAGAUAAAAACAAUUUACAACAAGAAAAUAAUAAAAAUGAUUUCGAAGACACAGAAUCAAUAGAUGAACAAGUACGAGCUUUUUUUUUAAACUAUAAAUUAAAUUCGAAUGAAGACAUAUCUGACCAUAAAAAAGAAAAACCUGAAAAAAAUAAAAAAGGAAAAAAGGGCUCAAUAAACAAGGAAAAAAUUCAUGAAAUUAAUGAAAAAAAGUUUACUGCAAAAAACAAUUAUUCUAUUAUAACACGUUCAAAGACAGAGGAAAUUGACUCUCUUAAAAAUGUUGAAAAUGAUAAUCCUAAUAAUAAUAAUGCUCAUGACGAAAAUAAACCACAAACUGAAAAUAUCACAAAUAAAGAUAACCACUCCAAUAAUAAGUCUGAUAACCUCAAACAGAUGGGACAUAGUAACAAUGCAGAUAAACCACGAUUAAAAGAGGUAAAGCAAGAACCAUGUGAAACCAUUAGUGAAUCAGGAGAAUCAAAUAAAACAAAUGUUAAUAUCUCAACUAAAGAAAUUUGUAAAAAUGUAGAUAAUAAUAACACAAAGAACAUUAAUGACGAAAAAAUCGAUAAAAAAAAUAAUUUAAAUGACCAAAAUUUUGAAAAUGGAGAAAAAGAAAAUAUAAGUAAUGUAAAAACGUAUAUUAAUGAAACAAGCAUAGAAGAUAAAAAUUUGAUUAAUAAAAAUGCAUCUGAUAAUGCAAUAUUAAGUAGACAGAAAAUGGAAAAUAAUAAUAAAGAACAAAAAUACACAAAUUUACAAGAAGACACCUCUAUAUUAAUAGAAAAUAAUAAAAACGAAACUUGUAAAAAUAAACUAAAUUCUGAAGAGAAAAAUAACACAAAUGAAGAAAUCCAAAAAGAAAAAGAAUUAGAUGAUAUAUUAUUUCCUAUACGAAAAAAAAAUGAAACUUAUAAAAAAUUUAGUAAAAGAAUUAAUAAAACAAAAACUAAUGAAUUUAUAAAUUACCAUGAUGACCAUUGCUUUUAUAUAACUGAUUUAUGUAGAAAAGGCACUAUGUUAUCAUUAAGAAAAAAUGAGGUAUUAAAUAAAAAAAAUGCUAAAAAUGUUCAUUCUCACCAGAAAUUUAUUAAUUCAUUUGGACUAAAUAAUUCUUUUCAAGUUAUCGAUGAAGUUCAAUCAUUAAAUAAUAUGUAUAUGAAUUUGAAAUUGUUUGAUGGACAAUUUAAUGGCCAAAUGAAUGAAAACAAUCUUAAUGAUUUCACAAAUUUAUUAAAAUCAAAAAAUAAGGCACCCUUUCACACCAAUAAUAAUGCCAAUAAUAACAUUAGUAGUAAUACGAAUUCGUAUAUUUCAUCUAAUGAUAAUUUUAAUAUGCCAUCUUCGUAUUUGAUGUAUGAUUACACUAACACCGACAAAUUUGCCUAUACAUUAAAUAAUGUGGACAAUUUAGAACAUAUGCAUAAUUAUCAAAGUGUUCAUAACUAUUUUUAUCCCACUGGCUCAGAGUAUACUAACAAUAGCCACAUUAGUAAUAGCACUUUUAUAAGAAAUCCGUUUAAUAAUAAAAACGACGCCGUUAACUUUAACAUUAAUCAAAAUACUGAUAACGGUUCUAAUAAAAGUAAAAUAGAAAUAAAAGAAGAGCUCAAUUCUACCCCCAUCUAUUCCAAUAAUUAUCAAUCCACAGUUACAACUUUUAACAAUAAUAAAAAACCAUAUAUAAAAACUGAAAAAACUAAAAAUGAUCCUAAAAAUGGAAAUGCAAUUAAAGCACAGACGGAUGAUAAUAUUAUAAAAUCACAAGAUAUUAAACAAAAUAACUAUCAAAAUUUUUAUAUCAAUCCAAUAAAAAAUGAGCAUAUAACAAACACUACUAAUAUUAAUGGCCAAAAUAAUAUAAAAAAUUUUAGCUUGAAUUCAAAUAAUAUACCUUUGAUAAAAAAUAUUCCCAACGAUUAUCUAUUCUAUCAAAAUGACACAUUUGGAAACAACAUCCACAAUAAUAGCUAUAGUAAUGAUAUAAAUGCUGGUAUAUCUUCUGCUACUACUUCUAGUAUUGCCAUUCCCACUGUUACUAAUGCAAGUAUUUCAUCACCCACUUCUACUACUAUUAAUAUUGAGCAAUGCUAUAAUCAGGCAUUUGAAUCAAAUGGAAUAAUUCAUAGCAAUCCCAUAAGUAAUAACAAUUCAAAUAAUAAUAUGGUAGAUUUAAAUCAUAUAGAUCAUAAAACCAAGAAUAUAAAUAUGACUUGGAGCGAUCAUAAUUCAAAAAAUACUAACACACAUCCGAAUUCAAAUGUUUCAACAGAGAUAAAAAGUAUUAAUAAUGAUUAUUACCACACAAACAAUCCUGAUAUAAAUGAAAUUUCUAGUCUGCAUACUGACGAAGAAAAUAACCUUGAAGAUAAUAACAAUAUGAAUGAUGGUUCUUGUUUAAAAAAAGACAUAAAUAGAAAAUGUUGUUCAAAUAAUAGUAUCAUCAACAACAAUAACAGUGAUAAUAACCCUGAGAGUAGAAACCAAAACGAAUAUAAUGAUCCUUGUGGUGACCAGAACAAUUACGACAGAAAAUAUUCCGAAACUUAUAUCAGAAGUAAUAAUUAUUCAAACGGAAAUAUAUAUGAUGAUGCUAAUUAUGAAACCAAGGAAAAUGAAGGCAUUAUAUCAAAAAGACAAAUAAAAAAUAAUUGUUUUCACGAUAAUAAUAAAUUUAAUCCAACGGAUUUUAAAGAAUUAUCCCCUAAAUCCUCAAGCAUUAAUAAAAUCAAUAGUAGUAUGGCAUCUAAUGAUAGCUCUAUAAAUCAAUACAAUAAUGCCAAUUCUCGUAGCAACAUCAGUGCUAAAGACAAUAAUACAGAUUCUAAUCAAUUCAAACAAAAUAUUAAUAGAUAUAAUAACAGCAAUUCCAACACAAUCCAUUUAAUGGAUGAAUGCGAUUCAAAUGAGUUUUUAAAUCCUCAAAGUAGUGACAAUAAUUAUUUAAAUUGUAAAGAUUUAUUACAUAGUAAUAAUAUGAUUCGAAAUUAUUCUUACAAUAAUGAUAGCAGAUGUAACAUAUAUAAUGAACUGGUUAAUAACAUGAUGCUUCAAAAUGAUGGUUCUCCUCAACUUUCAAAAAAUAUAAUAAAAAGUUAUAGCACUAUAUAUGAUCCUCAAACAAAUAGAUUAGAAGCAACUUUCCCUCAUGUACAAAAUAAUAAUAAAUAUGUGAGCCAAAGUAAUAUAAUCCAGACUAAUGAAACAAGAAAGGGCAUAGAGCAAUUUGAUUCCAUCCAAAAUAGUGAUAAUUAUUAUAUCAAUGAUAAUAACGCUAGUAAUACUAGCAGUAUUAAUGAUGACAGAAAUAUUAAUAAGGGAAACAAUUCUCAAAAUUUCACAACGAUAAAAAAUGAAAUAAAAUAUCCAGAUAUAAACUCCGAAGCAUCGAAUUAUGUAUAUAACCCUCAAAAUAAUAUAAUGUAUAUACAAAACGCCUCUGAGCAAACUAUCGAAAUAAAUAACAAUAAUUAUAUCCAAUAUAAUGUGGCAUAUUCAAUUAAUAAUGAAAAUAUAAAUUAUUUAAACAGAAAUUCAUUAACCACCGAUCAGGACAAAUUGGAAAAUUGCUCAAAAAAUAAUGUAAAUAAUAAUCAAAUAAAUUCCAUAUAUAAUGAACAAAAUCAGAACAAUUAUGAUAACACAAUUAUAUCAAUUAAAAAUAACCAGGAAAAUAAUAUUUAUGAAAUAAAAGAAAGCGAUAUAAACUUUCAAAAAAUCGAGAUAAAUGAUAAAGCCAAUGAGCAUUUUGAAAAUACUGACAAAGAAGGCAUUGAAAACAAUCCUGAUAAUAAUGAUAAUGCUAAUUUUGUUAACAACAAUAUAGACAAUAAUGGAAAUAUAGCUAAUUCCAUUGGAAAAAAACAAAAUUAUAUUUUUCAGGAAAAUAUUCAACAUUUAGACGCCAAAAAUGUUAAAAAUAAUGAAACUUGCUGCUUACCAAGUGAUGAAAUAUGCCAUGUUUCUCAAAAGCUAAACAAUAAUAUACAUGUAUAUGACGAAAAAAAUAUAGAAAAAAAACAACCUGUGAUAUUACCCAAAAAUGAUGAGCUUGAUAAUUGCCAUUUUCAAGGUAAUAAUGAAAAUAAUAGUAAAACGAAAAAUAUUAAUGAAUUAUCAUUAAAUAAAAAUUAUAAAAACAGUAUCAAUAGUUCCCAAAAGCAUCAACGCGAUACAGACAUUAAUUAUUAUGAUAUAAAUACACAAUACAAGGAAAAUGUGAAAAAACAAAAAAGUAAUAUCGCUUCAAAUAUUGAUAAAAGUGAUUAUUUUGACGCUGAGCAUAAUGAAAUUCAUGGAAAAUUAGAUAAUGAUGGCUACAAAGGCGUAGAAAUCGAUAGGCAAAAUAAUCAAGAAACGAAUAAUAAUUUUUGUAAUAGAACAAAAUAUAUCAAAAUAGAAACAAUAACACACCCAACUGAUGAUAAAAAUAAUAUUUCUAUAUCUUCUAUUCGAAAUAAUACUAAUAAAAUCAUAUAUGAUACAUAUAUGAAUGACACUAUGAAAUUAAAGGAAAACAUAAAUAAUAAUAAAAACCUAAACAAUCAAAGCAGCACUAAUGAUAUAAUAACUAAGGACAAUAACACGAAUAACAUGGGAAAUAUUGAUAAUAAUUUUACAAAUUCAGAAUAUUCACAAUUUCAUGCAAAUAAUACCAUUCAAACACAACAUAACCCUGAGCUAUCGCAACGCGAAACGAACUACCUCUAUACGGGCAGCAAGAUGACCCUUAUAAGAGACAAUAUAAACAUAGAUACAAAUGAUAAUAUUAUAAAUUUACAAAACUGUAAUUAUAUAAAUGACCAAACAAGUGACAAUAAAAAUGAAAGAAUAGGAUCCUUAACCAUGAAAAUACAUAGCAACGCACCUAGCUAUGUUUUUGAUCAUAAAACAAAUAAUAAUAAUGAAGAACAAAAAAAUAACGAUUUUAAUUUGGAAAAUGGAAUGCAAAAUUGUGAUUUAAAUCCUGUAAAAGGUAAAUAUGAUAAUUUAUACUCAAAUUAUUAUAUUAAUGAUGAUAAUCACAGCUACACCAAUGAUCAAAAAAUAAAAAAUCCCAAUCUUGAAAUCCAAGACCCAUUAAAUCGAAGGGAAAAAAGCAACUUAAAAAACAUUUCUAUGGAACAACUUUCAUUUUACAAUUCCGUAAAUAAUUUUGAAAAUAACUACGAAAGUAACUCAAAUUAUUAUAAAUAUGCAAAAGGCAUAAGCACAACACCAAUGCUAAAUGAAAACAUAAAUAAUACAUGCAUAAACCAAGCAAUUCAUGAUAACAAUAGACAAAAUAUUGAAACACCAAGGUCUAACAAUUAUCCUGUAUUUAAUAUGGGCAUUCAGAAUAAUAAAAUAAAUACAGAAGCAUUAGAUGAAAAUGGCCAAAUCCAAUCGAAAAAUGUUUUAACUAAUAAUUUAUUUAAAAUAAAUAAAAAAUAUAAUUCAAAUACUAUAGAAACAAAUAACAAUCUUAUAUAUGACAAUAAUGAAAAUGCUCAAUAUAAUUAUUUAAAUGAUUUACAUACAAGUGGAAGGAAUUCUAUUUAUGAAUCGCAUAUGAAUUUUCCAUCAAAUCAGACACACCUUUUAUAUUUAAAUAAUUCAAAUGCCAAAAAUUUAGAGAACAUAUCUGAACGAAAAAUUAGUAUGCCUAAUGAAUACAUCAAUUUUAAUUCCUUUAAUAAUAUUUAUAAUGCACCCCAAUUUGAUAAUCUAACAAAUCAAGUAAAUAGCAAUACAAGCCAUAAUAAUAGCAAUAUUUGUGAUAACUCCAUAAACAAUACUAAUAAUAGCAUUGAUCCCACCAACAGCAAUAUACCUGCAGUAUAUAACACUGAAGGGCCUAUUCCAAAUGUUGAUAAUAAUUAUAAUGUAAUAAAUAUGCCAUUAGAUAAAAACUCCAUUAUACCAAACCCUUAUUAUUCCUCCAAUACAAAUGAUAAUAAAAAUUGUACAAUAUACAAUAAUACUAGAUAUUCAAAUAGGACAUUUUGCAAUUAUAACAAUAAUCUUAAAGAUUCCAAUGACAACAAUAUGUACAUUCCCAACAAUGACAAUAUCAUUCACAAUUUGAACAACAACAUAAAGGGAUAUAAUAACAGUAGUAUAUACACAUAUAGAAAUAACAAUAUUCCUAUCAGUUAUGGAAAAGAUAAUAAGGAACAUAACAAAGGUAAUAGCAAUUUAUAUAAUAUUAACAAUUAUAAAAAUUAUAUACAUAAUGAUUCGUCUAAUUUAAUAAAUGUAAAAUCUGGCCACCAUGAAAAAUAUAAUUCUGAAAAUAAUUUAUUAGAUAAUGCUGAUAAACCAAAUAAAAAUAAUAUAAAUAGGCAAAUUGAUAACGAAGAAUUAAAUAAUCUUAUAACAGAACCACACAUGAGGCCCUUUGACAAUUUUAAAACAACAGAGGAAAAUAUUAUGCGAAAUAAUAUUAAUAAUAGAUUUAUUAACAAUAAUGAUCCCUAUCAAAUGAUGAUAAGCAAUAUCAAUUUAUAUAAUGCUUAUAAGCAUUUAUAUAACAAUAAUAAUAAUAAUAGAUAUAUAUAUAACCCAAAUAACAAUGAAAAAUCAUCGAAUAAUAUAAAUAUUUAUAGUGAUAUCAAUAAUUUUCCUCAAAAAAAAAUUAAUACAUAUACACCCAAUAAUUUGUUAACUUCACAAACCAACUUAAUAAGUCACAUAAAAAAUGAUAUGCCAUCAAGUGGUUGUGAUAUUAAUAAAAGCAACAAUGAAGGCAUGAAAAACGAAAAUGGUUUUAAUUAUUUAUAUAAUGGCAUUCCUUUUGAUUAUUUUAAAAAUGAUAUGGGUUUUAUCUACAAUAAUAAUAUGAGAAAUAUUGGGAAUACCAUCGAAGGUACCAAUACUAUCAAUGAUCACAAUAAAAAAUUUGAAAAUGAUGAUGAACGAAUGAAAGAAAAUAAAAAUAAUAAUAUCUAUGCCAAUUUAAAUAAUUACCCCUCAAAUAAUACAAUAAUUUGUAAAGACCCGAAAAACUAUUAUAUUAAAAAUAAUUUUGAUACUUUAAAUAACAUAGAAAACUUAAAUGAUAUAAAAAAUGAAAACAAUAUAAACAACAGCAAUACCAUAACAAAUUCGUCUGUAGACUUACAAAAUAAUAAAACAAAAAAUAAAGACAGUCCUAAUUUCAAUGUUAGAAAUUCCAAUGAAAAUAAUAUUUCUGCUGAUUUAAAAUAUAUCUAUGAAUUAAAUAAAUUUUAUAAUCCAAAAGGAAUGAGUUAUAAGAAAAUCAAUGAUCGCAUUAAUGGCACUAUGAACAACAUAAAUAUGAUUAGCAAUUUGAAUACUACUGAAACUUUAGGAAGUAAUGUAGAUGAUAGUUACAAAAACAUUAAUAAUAUAAGUACUAGUAGAAAUAGAAAUAAUAAUAUCCAUAUGAUGAAUGAUAACCAAUAUAUGCAGUUGCAAGGCGUUCCUUAUAAUAUUUCGGACAAUUAUGAUAAUUCUGUAAAUAAAGAAGACACUGAAUCUUGUCAGAAAAAAUUAAGUAAUUUAAGAAAUUAUAAUUUAAUUGAUUGUAUGAACAUGAUGUAUUUAAAUAAAGCUAAUAAAAACAUGUACAAUCAUCCAUAUUAUAAAAAUGGUAUAAACGAAAAUUAUUUCAAUUCGAAUAUGAAUAUUCCAUUACAACCAGAAUUUAGUGAUUCAAGUAAUAUUAUUCAUAAUAAUUUGAAAAAAAUAAAAACAGACAAACCAUAUAAUCAGUCAUAUCUAUCUAGUUUUGCACAAAAUAGAAAUUCUAAUUAUAAUAAUAAUAAUAAUAAUAUUAACGAAAUAACCCAAAUAAAUGAGGAAAAAAAUAGAGCCUCAACAAAUAAUUACUAUAUGCCGCCAUAUAUGAAUCCAAAUGAUCAACCACCAUAUUUUAAAGACAAUUAUUUAAAUACAGGCAAAAAUAAUAUUGAUAUAGACAAUAUAAAUUAUUAUAAGGCACAGCAAUAUUACACAAACAAUAAGUUUAUUAAUGUAAAUUAUGACAAAAAUAUAUAUACAGACGAACCAAAUAAGUAUUCUAAAAAUUAUCCUAAUGAUGGCUUUCGAGAAAAUAUAGAUAGUACUUAUAACUAUAAUUUGGGUAUGCAAAAUGAAUAUCAUAAUACAAAUUACCCAUUAAAUAUUUUAAAUAAUAACAAUCUAUAUAAUAAAUAUGUUUAUUUAAACAUGCUAAAUAAUGCAUAUAAUACAAACAACAAUUUUAAAUUACAAAACUUAGAAGAAAAUAACAAGCUCGUCCAAUAUAAUAAUAUAAAAAACCCUUACACUGAUCUUAAUAAUCCAAACCAUAAUAUUAGCAAUACUAAUGAUUUAUUUCCACUAAAAAUUAUGGAAUCUAAUGAAAAUAGAAUUAUGAACCCCAUUAAUCAUAUUCCAGUCCCAGUUAAAAAUUACUAUAAUCUUCAACUCGUAUUAAACUAUUUACGAGAAAGACAAUUCCAACAAUCUUUUAAUCACAGUGCUUCAAAUACAAGUAAUAAUAGCAAUUUACGAAGCGACACCAAAAGGAAUUAUUCCAUAUCUUCAGUAGGGUUUAGCAAUCGAAGCAAAAGGUGGACAAUUUGCCCCUCGUAUAUAUGCUGUAACAGUGCCUUGUGCAGAUUUAAAUUGACAUGCAAUUUUAAGUUUUUGCAAUUCAAUCAUUCCAAUUAUAGUUUCAACAUACCCUAUGCUAUAUAUAAUUGCUACAAAAACCUUAUGAACUUUUAUAAUUAUUUUACUUCAACACUUUGUCCUCAGCAAACCUAUUUAUCGAAGCAUUCUACUCAAGAACACGAAACCAUAUUCAACGUAUAUUGGCAUUUGCUAAACACGGAAAAAUAUAAAUAUAUACAAAACAUCAUAUUGUUUUUAGAUAAUAAUUUAUACACAAGAGCAGCAUGGUUAUUAAAAAAAGGAUAUAAUAUGGAUGAUUUUGAAGUUCAAAAAGCAGAAAGAAAAUUAAUAAAACUAAUGCUUUUAGUAUUUAAAUUUACUUAUGAUCAUAAAAAUGACAAUUCAAAAUAUGAGCAUAUAAAGGCUUUUCUAUAUCCAUUAAGGAAUUCCCAUAUAAAUUUUGAAAUAAUGAAUCGAUUUUUAUUUUAUUAA